UAUGAGGUCAAUAUAAAUAAAUAUUAUGGCACAAUUAAGUGAAAAUUUAGAUUUUUCUGGUUUAUUUAAAUUAGAUGUCCUUGUCCAUCUUGAUAUAGCUUCGUACAGUUUCUAUGAACUUGGACUAAAAAAGUUCUUGGCAGUUUCCAGUAACAAAGAAUUAUUAUUCUUUUAUAUUAAUCGUGAAUCAGAACGGGCAGAGAAGAAUUUUGAUUGGGAUUUUCUGGAUAACCCGAUCUUCUGUAUGUGUUUUGAACCUAGUGGUACUUGGGUUCUUAUUGUUAGUGAACAGAAGAUCUUGCUUGUUCCGUUUCUUCCUCAAUUUACGCCUCAAAAUGCAUUUGAUUGUAAAUGGUCCCUCUCGAGUGUCACAGUUCUUCCAUUCGCAAAUAUUCCAAAGCCUACUACCGUUGUAUGGUGGCUUACUAAGGAAUCGGAAAACAUAAUUAUUAUUGGAUCUAAGAUUGGAACAGUGACAUUUUAUAGCUUGGAAUCCCAAAGUGUGGUUGGAGAAUGUAAAGUGUCAAGUGAAAUCAAAGACUUACAGAUUUGUUUUGAUGAUUCUUUAGAUCUACUUGCUCUCCUGAUCUCUGGAGGAAAGUCACAGCAAUGGAAAUUAGUUCUAGAGCACAGGUCAUACGGCUACAACUGGCUGCAGCAAUGCCGAGCGCAGGCUGACAAGCGCGAUGGCUUACUGUCCUACAUUAAACAACUGUCCAAAGAUAAGAUCACCCUCUUCAGUCAGGGUGGCAGCAAAGAUGACAAAUCUCAACCCAUAGAGUACUGUUUGAAGCCCACUGAAUACCUGCCAUCUUUUCGCAAGGGAUCCAACAAUUGGGCACUGUCAGCCCAAUAUGUCAAUGGAAGACAUUUUCUUACAGCAUUUGAACUUAAUGAAGGCACAUUGAUUCUGGAAAGCCCAGAGGAAGAAUCUCCAUCGAGAACACUCAGACCAUGUAUUAAGAAGGAUGGCCAGUACAUACUAGGGCUUUGGUCGCAGAGACUCAUAUUCCUGUUGAGGAAGAAUGAGUUGGAAGUGCACAGUGCAAAUUUUUCCGUUGUUCAAGGUGAAGCACUUCUAGGCACUAAAAGGGACUUCACAGAGCUAUGGGCAGCGGAGCUCAUAGGCGAUGUCCGCGGCGCGCACAUUAUGUCAGCCAAGGAACCGUCUAAUGCGACCGGCGGCUGGAAGGAACCGACCUUUAUGUGCGACCUUCAACUGCCGCGGUUCGCGCUGGAUGGCUGCCUCGUUGUCACUUCCUGCGGGGUCUACAUUCUGAACACUGUGUCGGAACCGUGUGAAUGGCUAGUCGGCGUGAUAAUGCGCGGCGGCGGCGGCGCGGAGCAGCGCGCGGCCGCGCUCGGCGCGCCCGUGCCCACUCUGCUGCGCGCCUCGGCUGACAUGCUGCUGUCCCGCGGCAAGAUCGCGCCAGCUAUGUAUCUGUUCUCGCUGUCACAGAGUCAGCCAGACGGAUGGGUAGCGCGUCUAGGAGUGUUUGGACGACUCCACGAGCUAUCCAUGUAUAAACACACCGGGCAUGCUGCCCUCGGCGCGCCCGCCGUCGCCAUCAAAAUGUUGGCGCUGCUGCUCAAGAUGGGGACCAAUGAGGAGGAAACCUUUGACAUGGACGCAAAAUUCACAACGCUCUCAUCAGUCGAACUGACCGAACUCACAUCAAUCGCCGCCGCCAUUGGUCUCUGGGACCUAGUUCCAGUAUUCAGCACACACUGCGGUCACCCCGCCCUUAUACUGACCGCACUGAAAUCGAGGAAACUCUGCCGAAGCGCGAUCAACUUUAUACUACAACAGUUGUAUAUAGUGCCGCUGCUUUUAGAAGAAAAUGCUCAGUGGCUGUUUGAUUUUAUAGCAGAGAAAUGUGAUAGUUUUGACACGAAGAUUCUCAAGUGCUUCUGUCUUUGGCUGAAUCCAAUGCAAGAACAAUUACGACCUGUUAUGCGAGAUUUGAAUCAGGGAAUAUCUUCAAUCUACACAACAAGAAUGCUCCAGCUAAUAUCAACAUUUAUGCGUGUAGCCUGCGCCCUCGAAGCCCGCAGCCCGUGCCCAGACAUCCACCUCGAAUUAACACCAACUGCCGAAACGUGGAAGAAUCAGUUUGUACCCCGAAGGACACUCAGCUGCGGUUUAGGACACUGGGCGCUAACCGACGACGGGAACGCCAAAGUGAUGAUGACAGAGACGCCGGUCAAUACGGAAGUGAUCGGCAGAGUCGUAGACGUGGCUUGUGGAAGACAUCAUACAUUGAUUUUGACGGAGAAUGGGAUAUACGCAGCAGGCGACAACAGCUACGGGCAGUUAGGCGUGGGCGCGGCGUGGGCCGGCGCGGCGGGUGACGCGGCUACGGCACGCGGCUCGCUGAUGCGGGCGCGACACGACAACGGCACGCCCGUCACGGCCGUGGCCGCUGGCCAUUACCACUCGGCCGCGGUUGAUCAGGGCGGACGGCUCUACACUUGGGGGUGGGGUGUGCACGGUCAGCUCGGUCUCGGCACCAUCGAUGACAAAUGGACUCCGCAGCUAGUCACCAAGUUCCAGGGCAGAAAAGUCCUGCGCGUGGGUUGCGGCGCGUGUCACACCGUGGUGUUGACCCGCAGCGGCGAGGUGUGGGCGAUGGGCGCCGGCGUGUUCGGCCAGCUCGGCUCCGGCGCGCGCGACAAGAGCUCCUUGCCCCUGCGUGUCGCGCUCGACCCCGUGGAGAACAUUGCUGUCGGAUACUUUCACAGUUUGGCGCUAACUCAAAAGCGUGAGCUGUGGUGCUGGGGCGCGAGUCCGCAGCAGGUGCGCGCCGCGGCCGCGCGCCGCGACCCCCCCUCCCCCCGCCCCGGCCCCGGCGACCCGCACCUCGCACCCGCGAGGGUUGACACCAGCAGAGUAGCCGCACCCAUCUUACAGAUGUCAGCCGGUUGGCAUCAUUCGUGCAUCAUCGACAGUGCGGGCACGCUGUACUCGUGGGGUUUGAAUUUCGACGGACAGUUAGGAAGUGGUGACAGAAAACAAAUACCAAUACCAACCGAAGUAAGGAUCCGGACGGAUUCGCAGCCCGACAACGCGCAAGAGGCCAAGACCCCCACCACACCACGCGACGACGGGCCCUCCAAGGCGCUCGUGGCGUGUGGAGGGGACUUUACCGUGUAUAUUGACGACGAUGGCAGGAUUUAUGCCACUGGCAAUAUGCAUUUGCAAACUAACAACGAAAAAGAAAAGGGCACUAAUCGCGUCAUAAUGAUGAAAACGACUAAACGCGUCAUCAAAAUCCCCGCCAGCCGCUCCAACAACAAGUUCCUCUUCCAGCCCAUCGACCGGAUCGACACCAUGUUUCCCUUCGAUAUCGACGGGUCGCAAAGAAAACCUCUAGAACCGAGACUCAACCCCCUCACGUCCUGCAAGGAUUUCAAAAAGAAAUCAUGGGCCGACGACAUCAUUCUGCUUCUAAGGGAAUAUAUUAAUGAGGACAUACUCGCCAACAACCUUAACAUGGCUGCUAAACUCGCUUUCCAUAACAAAAAGUAUUCUGAUUGUUUAAAACUUCUGUUAGAGAAUCUAAAAUCCAGUCCGCAGGAAGACCGCCUCUACCUCUCUCAUACGGAAUUUGAGGCCAAUGAAAACAAAAGCGCCUCUCCCAAAUAUCUGCGCAAAGAAGAUGAACUCAAAAUUGUAAUAACUAAUAUAAUGUCCAAGAGAAUCAAAGACAUAUCUCUGACUAUACUCAACGAAGAUCCCUAUCCUGUGAUAGAUUCUUCUGUAUACCAGAGUUUGCCGUGUUGUUGCAAUGAAAUGAAAUAUAUACCAAAGAAACCCAUCGCUACAUCCACUACUCUUAUAACGGAAAGCGACUUGUCAGUAAAAGCAGCAAAUGUAAUUGACAGAUGCAUCAGUAUUUUCCCUGUCGAUACUAAACUGUGGGAGGUAUGUUUCCGCCUCUCUAAGGACUUUUACUUAGAAAAUAAUUUGGCUGUUGCUGAGUUAGAAAGAGUAUUACGUAAAUACAUGGAGUCUAACGCUACGACGAUGGCGGGUGCCAUAAUGUACUCAAAUGAUUGUGCUCAAUACAGUAAAAUUUUGUCGCCCAAAUUCUACUUGAACAUGUGUAGCGAAGUACUUGAUACGUGGGGCUGAAGAGAAGUAAGGAUUUAUUUUGUGGAUAUUUCCUUGCGGUGUCUAUCAGAAAUUUAUUAAUUUCAUGGCGAAAUAAAGUGCGACAUGGCAUAUCAAAGCAAUAACGAGCGAUUGAAAUUUCAAUGGAUUGGAAGCGUUAGAGAUUUUUACAUUUUUGUGGUAUUAAAUUACCUAAUAUUAAAAUUGAAUGAUUAUAGUGUAAAUUGACGUAUACUUCAAUAAACGUUUAUAAUAAAUAAAUAUUUUGCUUAUUAGCUUACUUAGGAGAGCUUAUAUUUUAGUAAAUCAAAUCUGUCCAACUAAUGUGAUAAUUUAUCUUCGUUUCUUUUUUAUAGAGCAGAUUGUUGUGAAUGUGAUCUAUUCGACAUGUCAACUUGUGUUUGUUGUUUGAUUAGUUGUGAUAGAAGUGUUAAUGUGUGGUUCGUGUUUAUGUUAGCUUGUUGUUAGGUAAUAUACAUGUCAUAUAAUAUUAAUAAUUGUCGUGUUAUGAACAGUGGCGGAUUUGCAGUCUUUGCCGCCCUGUAACCGCCCCUUUGUCAGCACCCAUCCUAUUGAUUACAUUUUAAAUUAUUUCUUGUUAUCAUCAGCGAUUUUUUUGUUACAAUUUGCCGCCCUAGGCGCGGGCCUACUGGGCCUUAGGGCAAAUCCGCCACUG